AUGAGCACUUCAAGAUCACUUCUUCUCUUCUUUUAUGCCAUUCUACUCGCUCCCCUUGUUAGUCACAGCUUAGUAUUGCAGCGAGAUCCGUACGUUCUCCAUGAUUGUUCAACUAGUGGUAAUGUGAGCAGUAACAGUACCUUCAGAGCGAACCUCAACACCCUCAUCUCCACCUUCUCUUCCAACACCCAAAUCGAUUAUGGGUUCUACAAUUUCUCUGCCGGAGAGGGCACCGACAAAGUUUACGCCACUGGGCUUUGUAGAGCUGACCUUACACCAACUGAUUGCCGUAUUUGUCUCAACAAUUCAGGUCACGAGCUCUUACAGUUGUGUCCAAACGAGAAAGAGGGUAUCAUGUGGUACAUGAAUUGUACCGUUCGAUACUCCAACAACUCUAUAUUUGGUGUUAUGGAAACCACACCAAUUAAAGCUCUUGUAAGUGGUAGUGUCCCGAACGUGACUGAGUUCGAUGAGGUGUUAGACACCUUAUUCUAUAAACUAAGACUUGGAGCUUCAGCUGGAGGUAUUUUUCGCAAGGUUGCAGUUGGAAAUGCCACCUAUCAACACAAUACCGAUACGAUCUAUGGGCUUAUGCAGUGCAGUCCUGAUUUGUCAGAGAUGGCUUGUAGCAAUUGCCUAGUUACUGCUCUAGAUUAUUUUCAAAGUUAUUGUCGUGGAAGAGAUGGAGCGAGAGUUCUUGCACCCACCUGUAACUUAAGAAUACAGCCCGACCAAUUCUAUGACAGCAUUCUUGUUGAAUCGCCGCCAUUACUAUCUCCUCCUCCUGUGCCUGCAAAAUCAUUAUCUCCGUCUCCUGUGCCUGCAAAAGGUAAGUUUCCCAAAGGCACAUCUCCUAGAGGAAAAGCAAGGAAUGAUUACGUAGACUCUGAAAGAAACAAGAGUAACUCAUCUAAAAAUACCAUCAUUAUCAUUGUGUCGGUGGUUGUUUUCGUGGUGCUAAUUAUCUGCAUCUGCCUCUGUUUAAGGGUAAAGAAGCAAAGGAAGAAAGUAGAAAUAAUUCAUGUCGGUGAGCCCAUUAAUGAGCGGAUGAAAUUAGCAAAUACUGAAUCCUUGCAAUUCUAUUUUCCAACAAUUAGAGUCGCUACAAAUAACUUUGCUGAUGCAAAUAAGGUUGGGACAGGAGGAUUUGGUGCGGUCUACAAGGGUAGGCUCUCUGAUGGACAAGAUAUAGCUGUAAAAAGACUAUCCAUAGGUUCUAGACAAGGUGAUUUAGAAUUUAAGAAUGAGAUCUUGUUAAUGGCUAAGCUUAACCACCCGAAUUUAGUUAAGCUUCAAGGUUUCUGCUUGGAAGGAAAUGAAAGGCUUCUCAUUUAUGAGUUUGUGUCAAAUGGAAGCCUCGACCAAGUUAUAUAUGAUCCAACCAAGCAUGCAGAUUUGGAUUGGCAAAUGCGUUACAAAAUUAUUGUAGGCAUUGCCCGAGGUCUUCUUUACCUACAUGAAGAUUCAUGUCUUCGCAUUGUUCAUCGUGAUCUCAAAGCAAGUAACAUUUUACUAGAUGAUGAGAUGAAUCCCAAAAUUGCUGAUUUCAGCCUAGCAAGAUUGGUUCUACUAGAUCAAACCCAUAGCAGUACAAAUAGAAUUGUUGGGACAUAUGGAUAUAUGGCUCUAGAGUAUGCAUAUUAUGGACAUUUCUCAAUAAAAUCCGAUGUGUUUAGUUUUGGUGUGCUAGUUCUUGAAAUGAUAUGCGGGGAAAAAAAUGGUCACUUCCGUAAUAACAAAAAAGAGGACGAUCUUCUUAGUUAUGCAUGGAAAAAUUGGAAGAACAUGACAACUUCAAAUAUUAUAGACCCCACAUUAGGAGUUGAUUCAAAAACCGAAAUAAUUCGGUGCAUUCACAUUGGAUUAUUAUGUGUUCAAGAAAAUGCAGCUGAUAGGCCAACCAUGGCUUCAGUCAUGCUAAUGCUUAAUAGCAACUCUACCACCUUAUCAAUACCCUCACAACCUGCAUUUCCAAUGCACAACAACAUUGAACCAGACACAUCAUCAGAUCAAUCUAUGCCAGCCUCAAGAAAUGAAGCUUCAAUUACUGCGUUAUAUCCUCCCUAA